CCCUAAGACCUAAUAAAUCAUUUUACACACCCACACCACAGCAGCCGCAGCCGCAGCCGCAGCCGCACUAGCCAAGGCAGCCACAGGUUCUUCCUCUUUCUUCUUUUCUUCACCUUCACCGAUUCUUUCCUUUCUUCUCCAAUUCUUCUUCUUCUUCCUCUUUCUUCUUCGUCUUCUUCACCUCUUCUUCUUCUCCUGCCUGCUCUGCUCUUGCGCGACGGACGGCCAGAUUUUUAUUUUUUUUAAAAAAACAAUUAUGGCCGAACCGCCGGUUCAAACCAUAAACCGGCGGUUUGAACCGACAGUUCGCGGUUUGGAGAAACUAUAAACCGAAACUGAACCGUCGGAACUACGGUUUCGGUUCGAUUUGCAUCCGGUUUUGGUUCAAACCGUAACCGCCGGUUCAUAAACCGUCGAACCGGCGGUUCGAAACCGAAUAGGCAAGUCUACACCUUGUAGGGGAAAAUGGGAGGGCCCCACAUUCAAAUCGACAGACAGUCCGUCCAUGAAUAAAUAGUGCUCCAAGACAUGGGGGAUUGAUAAUUUGAUAUCGUUGCAAUCAACCCAAAAGGAAAUUCCGUCGCUCCAAUAACGCCGCCGGAACUGCCAUUUCCGUCUCCUCAUUCCACCUACCACCUCAAUUCACAUCCACAUUGGAUCAAUGGAAUUGUUUUUCUACAUUGUCUUCGGGGCGUUGGCUGCGGUGGUGACAGCAUUGGAGCUGAGUAAAUCUAACAAGGAUCGGAUUAGUACUUCUUCAUCUUUCAAUUCGUUCAAGAACAAUUACCUGCUUGUUUACUCGCUCAUGAUGGCUGGUGACUGGUUGCAAGGUCCGUAUGUCUAUUACCUUUACAGUACAUAUGGCUUUGGGAAAGGAGAAAUUGGACAGCUAUUUAUUGCUGGGUUUGGAUCUUCUAUGUUGUUUGGAACCAUUGUUGGAUCCCUAGCAGAUAAGCAGGGCCGGAAGAGAGCAUGCGUUACUUACUGCAUAACAUAUAUACUGAGCUGCUUUACCAAGCAUUCUCCUCAGUACAAAGUUCUGAUGAUUGGACGUGUUUUGGGUGGUAUUGCCACAUCCCUCUUGUUUUCUGCAUUUGAAUCAUGGCUUGUGGCGGAACAUUUUAAGAGGAGUUUUGAUCCUCAAUGGCUCUCGUUGACUUUCUCCAAGGCAAUAUUCCUCGGAAAUGGUCUUGUGGCUAUUCUAUCAGGAUUGUUUGGAAAUCUGUUGGUUGAUACCUUCAAUCUUGGGCCUGUUUCACCCUUUGAUGCUGCUUCGAUAUUUCUAGCUGUUGGGAUGGCCAUAAUAUUAUCAUCCUGGUCAGAAAACUAUGGAGAUCCUUCAGAGAACAAGGAUUUGCUCACUCAAUUCAAGGGUGCAGCUGUAGCUAUUGCUUCAGAUGAGAGGAUUGCAUUGCUUGGUGCCAUUCAAUCUCUCUUUGAAGGUUCAAUGUAUACAUUUGUCUUCCUCUGGACACCUGCCCUGAGUCCAAAUGAUGAAGAGAUUCCUCAUGGAUUUAUUUUCGCAACUUUCAUGUUGGCUUCAAUGUUGGGAAGCUCAAUAGCUGCGCGUUUAUUGGCUCGCAACACACUUAGAGUGGAGAGCUACAUGCAAAUAGUAUUUGUUAUUUCUUCUGCAGCGCUUCUGCUUCCUAUCUUAACAAGUUUCUUGGUAGCUCCGUCCAAGGAGAAAGGAGGUGGCAUCUCAUAUUCAGGCUGUCUCCAACUUCUGGGCUUCUGCACAUUUGAAGCUUGUGUGGGAAUUUUCUGGCCAUCCAUAAUGAAGAUGAGAUCCCAAUACAUCCCUGAGGAGGCUCGAAGCACCAUCAUGAACUUCUUCCGUAUCCCGCUAAACAUCUUUGUUUGCAUCGUGCUUUACAACGUUAAUGCUUUCCCCAUUACUGUUAUGUUUGGUAUGUGUUCCAUCUUCCUCUUUGUGGCAUCCCUUCUCCAAAGAAGGUUAUCAGCAAUUGGAGAGAAGCCAAAGUCGGAAGAAGAAUGGACUAUGUUGAAGGAGAGAAACGUGGAGGUCGAAGCCUAGAUGUUACUACUACUACUACUACUCCUUAGAUUGGACUGGUUCAAGUGAAUGGAUGGGACUUCUCUCGGAAGGUGGUUGUUUGUUUCGAGAUAGGCUUUUU